AUGGAGUCACUACCAGUAGUUUGGUACUGCCAUGCUUGUGGAAAUGAAUUUCAGCAACCUGGAAAUUGUACCAGAUGUAAUAGUGACUUUGUCGAAAUGAUUGAGCCUACUACGGCUCCUCAGGAUGAUCCUAGAGUUCAAAAUAUAAUUCCUAUACCAGAGCUGGCUGAUCCUAAUGCUAUGUUACAGAACAUAUUUCGUGCCUUUGGCACCCAGGCCGAACCGUCUGAAUCCCAACCGAAUCCAGCUCCUGAAAAUGAAGCUACAAAUCCAUUCGCCGAUCCCCAUUCUGGUGAAUUACCGAAUGCUGCACAGUCUGAGUCGACACCGGAUUCAUCCUUCCCUCGAGAUACGACUCCCAAUCCAAAUGGAACUCCAUUUGUUACGCCCGGAAUUGUGAAUGUAGGGCAAGUACAUAAUCUGUUUCAGACUCUAUUAGGCCCCGGGUUAAACCGUUUGUCUAGAUCUCCUACCUCAAGCCAACCUUCCUCCGCCAAUACCCAUGAGACGGCCCCUCAUGGUGUUGACCCUGCAGGAACGGAUCCAGCUGAGCAUUUAACUGGAGCCUAUGUAGAUACUCCUCUACACGAGGCGCUUCCUUCUUAUGCUUCUUCGGUCAAUCAACAGGCUCAAGAUGCGACUGCUAAUUCUGGACAACAACCUCCAGUUAAUGAGCAGUCUCAGUCAACUGAUGAAGGUCAACCUGGAUUUUUUAGAUCUAACUCAGGACUGCCUUUUGCUGCUCAAAGUUUUGUUUUCUCCAUGGGCCCUAAUGGAACCUUACAUCAAGUAAACACUCCUAGUGAAGGUGCUCAAGAUACUCAAGCAGGUGCUAUUCCUAUCGCGGACCUUGGAUCUAUUUUGGAAAGAGUUUUUGGCUCUUUAAACCAAAAUGAAGGUCAAACUGGUGAAGGUGAAACUCCAUUCAAUGCUGCUAACAUUUUUUCGAACGUCUUCAAUUUGGCUGGAAAUCCAGGAGAUUAUGCUUGGGGUGCAAGAGGAUUAGAUGACAUUAUUUCGCAGCUAAUGGAGCAAGCGCAAGGUCACAAUGCACCUCCUCCUGCUUCAGAAGAAAUUAUUUCCAAACUUAAAAUACGAUCUCCUCCGGUUGAUCUAUUAGGGGAAGAUAAUGAAUGUACGAUAUGUAUGGAAAAUUUUAAAGAAACUGAUCAGGUUAUCGAGCUUCCUUGUAGCCAUUUUUUUCAUGAAAAUUGUGUGAAGCCCUGGCUGCGUGUAAAUGGAACUUGUGCUAUCUGCCGUGCUCCUAUUGAUCCUUCCAUUAAGGUAAAUGAAGGUUCAAGCGAUUCUCAAGAAUUACGAGAAACAGUCAAUUCUGAAAAUCCUUAUCAACGUGAAGCUCAUAGAGCUACGACUUUUGAAGGAAAUGAGCCUAAUGAAAGCAGCGCAAGACCAAACGUUGAUGCAUCAUCAUCAGCUAAUAAUUAUGUGGACGAGGAACCUUUGGAGUAA